AUGCUCGUCGACGGCAAGCCACACGCGGUGUGCGUGCCGUACCCGGCGCAGGGCCACGCCACCCCGAUGAUGAAGCUGGCCAAGGUCCUCCACUCGAGGGGCUUCCACAUCACAUUCGUCUACACCGAGCACAACCACCGGCGCCUCGUCCGCUCCCGCGGCCCAGGCGCCGUCGCUGGCCUCCCGGACUUCCGCUUCGCCACCAUCCCCGACGGCCUGCCCCCGUCCGACCCCGACACCACCCAGGACCAGGCGUCCAUCUGCUACUCCACCACGACCACCUGCCUCCCCCACCUGAAGAGCCUGAUUGGUGACCUCAACAACGGUGCAGCGGGGACGCCGCCGGUGACGUGCGUCGUCGCGGACAGCAUCAUGAGCUUCGUAGUGGACGCCACGGCGGAGAUCGGCGUGCCGUGCGCGCUGUUCUGGACUGCCAGCGCCUGCGGUUACAUGGGCUAUUACAACUUCCGUUUCCUCAUAGACCAGGGCCUUACUCCUCUCAAAGGUGAAGAGCAACUGACGAACGGCUACUUGGACACGCCGGUGACAAAUGCUCUCGGGAUGAGCAAGCACAUGCGCCUCCGCGACUUCCCGUCCUUCGUCCGCACCACAGACCGGGAUGACAUCCUGCUCAACUUUAUGAUACACGAGCUAGAGCGGGCGAGCCGUGCGGACGCCAUCAUCGUCAACACCUUUGACGAGUUCGAGGAGCCGGCGCUCGACGCCAUGCGCGCCAUCCUCACCCCGCCGGUCCAUACCAUCGGCCCACUCAACUUUGUUGUGGAGCAGCUGGUCCCCGACGGCGGCGAUCCGCUCGCCUCGAUUCGUCCUAGCCUUUGGAGGGAAGACCGGUCCUGCCUAGAGUGGCUCCGCGGCAGGGAACCCCGGUCCGUGGUGUACGUCAACUUCGGGAGCAUCACCACCAUGACCGGCGAACAGCUGGUGGAGUUCGCCUGGGGGCUGGCCAACUGCGGCUACGACUUCCUUUGGAUCGUGAGGAACGACCUGGUGAAGGGCGACGCCGCAGUGCUGCCGCCGGAGUUCCUGGAGGCGACCAAGGGCCGGUGUUUCUUGGCGAGCUGGUGCGAGCAGGAGGCGGUGCUGCGGCACGAGGCCGUUGGCAUCUUCUUGACGCACUACGGGUGGAACUCGAUGAUGGAGGGGCUCAGCGCCGGGUUGCCGAUGCUGGGCUGGCCCUUCUUCGCUGAGCAGCAGACCAACUGCCGCUACGCGUGCGUGGAGUGGGGCGUCGGAUUGGAGGUCGGCGACGACGUGCGCCGGGAGGUGGUGGAGGAGAGGAUAAGGGAGGUGAUGGGUGGUGGCGACGUGGGGAGGGAGAUGAGGCGGAAGGCGAUGGAGUGGAAGAACAUCGCUGUGCGUGCCACGACACAACCUGGUGGCAGAUCAUUGGCCAACCUUGAGCUUCUGCUCAAGAAUAUACAAGCACGACCGUUGGAUCGUCCUUCUCCCGCCGCGGUGCAAACAGAUCUAGUGCCCGGGAUUGACCGCGAUCUGACAAAUAUCUUGAAUUGGGAGCUGCACAAAAAACAAUCAUGGAUUCUGGGGAUGAACAGUACUCAUGGAGGAAAAUUUGCAAAAUAA